AUGCAUGAAUUGCUGAAGCAUGUUCUUACUGAGCGCGAUCUAACUCGAGCGGGUGACAUCUUCGCUAUACCUGAUUGUGAUAUCGUCAACGAUAUAAACGAAGUUUUAAAACAAAUAACAGAAAUAUCAUCCCAUUCGGACUACAUAUGCAAUGAUCGUGACCAGGCUCUUAUUGAGAUAUGUAUUACAAGAGUCACAUCCUGUAUCAAAGAAACAGGAACUCUGGAGAAAUACUGCAGUGCCCUAGUAGCUCUACUUGAAUCAUGUCUUCAUCAUAACCUGAUGCCUGUUGGUCAUCUACGAGAUGAUGAUCCUCCACAUGCCAAAAUUGCUUCUGAUGUUAUUUCUUGUAUAGUACUUGUGUCAUUUCCCCUUCAAUCAGAUAAAGAGACAGGCAAUACAGCAGAAGUGAUGGAGCUAUUUUUACCUGUAGCUGUACAGUUCUUACACAAGGGAAAUAGAGAGAUAUCGAGACAUAUGGCCAGAUAUUUGUCACUUGCUGCUUUGCACCAUGCAGUCUUAUUAAAACCUCAUGUACAAACUAUUAUGGACUCUAUUAUGUCAGGAAACUAUCCUCUAUGCCGUAUCCUGACCAAUUUAUACGAAGUCUGCCCUGAGCCACUCGAGGGUCAUGUUACCGCACUGGUAGCUCUACUUCCACAUGCAGAGCCAGUUGAGAAGAGCUCUCUGUUUGGUCUUUUCGAGCAGAUUGCGGCCAGGAGGCCAGAAGCACUAAAGACGGCUGUACCACAGCUCCUCUCCUAUUUGUGUUCUAACACAGCACCACAGAAUGUUCCAGGUUGCAUGUGCAUUGAUUUACUGCAGGUCAUCGCAAGUGUGAGUGGAAGCAAGCCCAGGUUGGUUGUGGAACAGACGAGUGUAAUAAAACGAGCGGCUCGACCACCUCAUGCCACAGCCAAAAGCACUGCUCUCAUCGCCACCAUCUUGGCUAGGCUGGGGAAUACUAGUCAAGAACGAGCACAAGAAGCGCUAAACUUCGUCGUGGAGCGUCUGCAUGGCGCGGAAUGGUCAGAACAAGCUGCCCUAAUACGCGAAGCGACCGCUCUAUGCAGUGCCUACCCAGCGCUGUUUACUGAUCGACUACUAGCAGCCUUGCGAGCUAACAACAGUAACCGUCCGAAGUCCAGUCACGGUGAAAUAAAUAGGACUUCUGGAGGGAUAACAAUAGUCAAACUGGGUGGGCAGAAUUCGAGUAAUGACGUCGUCACGAUGCGACCGGUCACCGGACCCGCUCCGGUCAUGGCGGGCGCGUCAGUUGUGACGUCACCCCCCCACUCCUGCAGCCCCCGUGGGGUACACUCGUCGCGCUAA